AUGGACGCACAAGCUAUUUUAGAGCUGUUCGCUGCGACCUUAGAUCCGGCUGAGCAAACGCGCCAGCAGGCAGAGCGUGCGCUGGGCCAAGCCGAAUCGCAAGCAGGAUUCCUUGGUAGUUGUCUCAGCAUCGUGCUGGAACCAGAUAUACAGACCGGAAUCAAGGUCGCCGCAAGCGUGUACCUCAAGAACCGAAUCCAACGUGGCUGGUCGCCCGAUCGCGCGCGCCAGCUCGAGGUCUCACCGAUUCCUGAUCUUGAUAAGCCUGAGUUUAGAACCCGCAUAGUUCCAGCUAUCGCCCAAGCAUCUCCCCAGAUCCGUCAGAUCCUUGUUCCUGUCAUUCUCACCAUCGUAAACCAUGACUACCCCGAUGAUUGGCUCGAGCUUCUGCCUUCCAUUCGCGAACUGCUCAAUCAGCAGGACGCUCACGCCGUGUACACUGGUUUGUCGAUCUUUUUACAGCUUUGCCGUCAUUAUCGCUGGAAUUCUAAGGAGGUUUUGAGCAAGUUUGAUGCUGUAGCUGAGGAAAUCUACCCGCAAGUUCUCUCUAUUGGAGAGCGACUUGUUGGCGAAUCUAGCCAUAUGGCCGGUCUCAUGAUGUAUGAUGUGAUGAAAAUCUAUAAAAUGAUUGCUGCGCGUCAACUGCCACCAGUUGUCCAAAACUCCGAGGUUGCUCAACGCACAGUAGCGCUCUUCUUGCAGACCAUUAUAAAACCUAUAUCUGCAGAGGUUAUGGCCCUCGAAUCCUGGUCUGAACGCGAACAAAACCCUUGGCUUAAAGCAAAGAAGUGGGCUUCGUUCAACAUCCUUCGCACACACACAAAAUAUCUUUCUGUUCGCAGUACUUCUCUGAGCUCCGGCGUGAAGGAUCUGACGAACUACCGUAAACACUACUUGGCUACUUUUACCCCUGAAAUUGUCAAUGUUUACUUGGACCACUUGCAAACGUGGAUUCGUGGUGAGAUCUGGAUUCCUCAUAGCACACUGUACAAUAUUAUUGCGUUCUUGGAAGCUUCUGUGGACCAUAAAUCUGCCUGGAAGCAACUCGAGCCCCAUUUUCACGGUAUGGUCACCCAUGUCAUUUAUCCUCUGCUCUGCCCCAAUAUGGAUGAUUUGGAGCUUUUUGAAGACGAUCCGGUCGAGUUUGUUCACAAGUGUAUCGAGGUUUACCCUGAGACGGUAACUGUCGAUGUCGCUGCCACAAAUUUCCUUAGUACACUUGUUCGCAAGGGCAAACAGACCGCUCUGGGGUUUGUGCUUUUGUUUCUCCACAAAAGACUUACUGAUCUUGCCGAGGAACCCAUGGAGGUGGCGAUCGCAGCACAAAAAGUUGGAGCUCUGCGAAUCUUACAAACUAUGGCUCCGGCAAUUAUGAUGAAGAAUAGUCCCUGUCAAGAUCAGAUCGAGGCCUUCCUUGAGGAGUAUGUGCUCCCAGAUCUUGCGAACUCGGCGGUGCAUCCUAUUUUGAGAGCUCGGGCCUGUCAAUUGAUUAACGCGGUCGCCAAUGUGCACUUCAAGAACAGGUACACGUUACAGGCUAUUUACAACGCAACUUUGCAGUGCUUUUAUGACGAGAACCUCCCUCUUCAGGUCGAAGCAUCUCUCACUCUGCAGGCUCUGUCAGACCAUCCUGAUGUGAGGGCCGCUUUAGGGGGCAACAUUGCGCAAAUCGUCCAGCACCUAUUGAAUCUAAGCAAAAAAAUUGAUCUUGAUUCAUUGAUGGCCGUUAUGGACGAAUUCGUCGAUAUGUAUCCUGAACAAAUCACUCCAUUUGCCGUCCAGAUGGCUCAACAACUCCGCGAUCAGUUCUUGUCUCUUGCCAGCGAAUUGCACGAGUAUAAUAUGCAGGACCCCAACAAGUUUAGCCUGAUUGCAGAAGACAAGACGACAGCUGGCGUUGGUAUGUUGAAAACGCUGACUGGUUUGGAGUCCUCCUUAGAGCAUCACCCUGAGUUGAUCCAAGAACUCGAGCAGGUGGUGCUACCCAUUUUCGAUGCUGUUUAUCGUCACCACUUGACCGACUUUUACACUGAAACUUACUAUUUGCAUGAGAACACCUUGUUCACUCGGAAAACGGUUAGUCCCGAACAAUGGCAGCUUUUCCCCUUAGCCCUAGAAGCCCAAAAACAGGUCCAGUAUAGCUACAUUGAGGAUGCUAUGCCGCUGUUGGAAAACUACGUUGCCUUUGGAGCUGGGCAUCUCGCUCAAUCGCCUCAGGACCUCGGGCUGCUAGUUGAGCUGGUAUCCGGCUUGGUUGAUAAAUCCAAUGACUACAAGAUUCCGGUUGACGAACUCACACUGACCUUGAAACUAGGUAUUCGCCUCUUGGAGACCCCGGAGUUACUUCAUUCUGGCGCUAUGCAUCAAUUCUUGGAGCCAUUGCUUGUGCACACGCUGGAUCGUAUGGUAUUAGAAAAGGCAUCGUUGCCGAAAAUGAAAAGAUAUACUGUCAAUUUGAUCGGUCUGGUUCUCGGUGCAUUAGUGAACCAUGCCGGUCUGACUUUCCAGGUAUUGGAGUCCAAAUCGUUGACUGAUCCAUUCUUUGCAUUAUGGACACAGUCUAUGAUUCACUUUGAUCGGCUUGAUGACCUGAAGCUCGAGCUACUUGUGCUUUUGGCACUUUUACAGCUUCAGGAUUCUGAACUUCCGACCGGCGUGCAACAGCUGCUUCCCCAGCUGGUAGAUGCACUGGCUCAUGUCCUCAAUGCUCUCCCCGAGGCUAUCGCUCGCCACGAGGAGCUGGCCAAGGCAGCAGAUGAACAUGACUUUGGCGACAUUGACGAUCAGUGGGCCGACGCCGAUUUCUAUCAGGAUGAGGAAGACGAAGACGAAGACGACAACGCUGUCGACACCACUGAAGACACCACAGUUGGAUCGAUGGACAACGGCCCUACUCUCAGUGCCGGGAACUCUGAGGAACUCACGGAUUUCCUCAACUCGAAGUUCCAUUACUACGACUCUGGUGACUUUGACGAAGACGUCUACACGAUUUCACCGCUCGAGUCGAUGAACCCCUCUGUUGUUCUGAAGGAACAAAUUAACCAGCUCUCGCAAAAACCUGAACAGUUUGCCCGCUAUCAGCAGCUUCUGGCUACAAUUCCAGAGCAGCAGCGCGGCGUGAUCGAGGCUGCUCUUUUGCAGGGGUAG